GGGUAGCCCCCGCUUGCCGCAACUAGAGAAAGCCUGCGUGCAGCAACCAAGACCUAAUGCAGCCAAAAAAAUUAAAAUUAAAAAAAAUAAAAUAAAAAACGUGCUUACUUGUGUGACCUAUUCAACCGGCUCAAUGAACUAGCUGCAUUCAAAGCCAAACUGGAAUUAUGGGGGCGACGAGUGAACACUGGGAUAUUUGACAUUUCAAACAUUUGCAGAGAUUUUGAAAGGGACUGAGCCAGGGCCUUCUUUCUCCUAGCUGGUGCAUGAUCACCUGUCUCAGCUUUCAAAGGAGUUUGAGUAUUACUUCCCAACCACAAAAGACCCCGGAACUGGGAAGGAAUGGAUCCGCAACCCAUUUCUGAAUAAGCCAGGUGAAGCAACUUUGUCCAUGCUAGAAGAGGAUCAACUGCUUGAGAUCACAAAUGACGGUGGCCUUAAAAUAUGUGUGAGACAACUUUAAAUCUCCAUGUGUUCUGGAUUAAAGUCAAGGUGGAAUAUCCUGAGAUUGCCACAAAAGCACUGAAAAGCCUGCCUCCAUUUCCAACAUCCUGUCUUUGUGAAGCAGGGUUUUCUGCAGUGACAGCAACCAGAACAAGAUUACGGAGUAGACUGGACCUAAGCAACACACUUCGGGUGUCACUGUCUCCCAUCACCCCCAGAUGGGACCAUCUAGUUGCAGGAAAACAAGCUCAGGGCUCCCACUGAUUCUGCUUUAUGAGUGAUUCCUUCAGCUCAUUUUCUAAACCCUUCUGCGAGAACAAGCUGGUUCUUCUGGGAAGACAGAACUGCCUACGGGCAUAUGCACCCAUCUGUUCUUCUCUGCAAACAUGCUUUGGUCUUUUCAACACACAGCCAGUGGGUACUAGGGGUACCCAGUGCAGGUGGCCAAGCCAGGCAUGUCUCAGCCAGGCAGCAUGAUGUAGUGGAAAGAAUAUGAGAUUCUGGAAUUAGAAAAACUGGGCAUGAGUCCCAGACUCUGCACUACCAGCUGUGUGACCUUGGAGAGUAUCUCCAAUAUGAGAGAUGCUGUGCUAGACAUGACCCGGGCCAUACAUCCUAUGGAGGAGUAUCACUUAAUAUUGUCCAGCAGCUCAAGAACCAGGAGGUCGACUAUCAUUGGUGCAGAGGUUGAAUAAGUCAUGCUUCAAGAUGCCAUAGCCUGAGGCAGCACCAACACCUGUGAACAAGGUGGAGACCACCUCUGGAAGCUCUGGGUCUUGCCUCUGGAUGGAGGUUUACAUUGCACUAGAAGCAAAGUGCCCAGGGAAUUGUGUUGGAUCCUUACUGGAAGGCAGCAUGUCCAAUUUUACCUUGAGAAAAACAUCUCCCACAGGAAAUGAUAUGAAGAGUACCACUCAGGGGACUGCACUGAAGCAACAGGGAUUUCACAAUGUGAACAAAAGAAGGACUUUCUUACAGGAUAACAGCUGGAUAAAGGAACGUCCUGAAGAAGAAAAAUAUGAAAAUUAUAGUAGGGUGGUACUCCAUAGACGUAACUCCCAUGAUGCCUCAGACAGGAAAACAAAUGAGAGGGAUGAGCCAAAAGCCACAAUCAGUUGGUACAGAUCUGGUGACACUUUGGACAGGAUCUCAGACAGAAAUGAUGCUGCCAAAACAUAUAAGGCCAAUACCCUGGAUAACCGAGUAACCAAUAGAAACAUGUCCACGUUUCGCUCACCAGAAGAGACAAAGAUGCAACCUGGAGGUUUGUUCAGUGCAAAUGCCACCAACACCCCAGCUUCCAACUCUGCUACUACUCCUGUAAAGAAAAAGAGACAGUCCUGGUUUCCACCGCCCCCUCCAGGUUGUAAGGCCGCCCCAAGCACAGGAGCGAGCAGAAGGGAACCAACUGUUCACCCUCCAAUACCUCCAAAGCCCAGUUCUCCUGUUUCAUCUCCUAACCAGCUGAGGCGGGAUAACAGGCAGAUAUGUCCACCUAAACCAAGUGCAUAUACAGAAACCAGCAGAUCUGCUGAAAGAAAUACAAGUGAAGAAUUAGAUAAUCUCAUCAAAAUGAACAAAAGCUUGAAUAGAACCAAAAGCCUUGAAAAUCUCAUUGUUGUGAAUACCCAGACAGACAAAGAUGACAAAGGAGGUGAAGACCGUGAUAAUGUUAUCAAAGUGAAUCCCAAAGAAAGUGAAAACACCACUGGGAAAGAAGACCUCAAUGGGCUUAUUAAAGAGAAUCCUGAAACAAAUAAAAACAUCAAGGGGGGCCAGACCCUUGACAAUCUCAUCAAAGUGACCCCUGAAGUAAACAGAAGUAACCCAGGGGGCCAAAGUCUUGACAAUCUCAUCAAAGUGGCUCCAGAAAUAAACAGAACUAACCAAGGGAACCAGGAUCUGAACCAUCUUAUCAAAGUGACUCCCUCAGCAAAUAAAAGCAGUGAACAAGAUCUUGAUGAACUUAUUAACGUAAGCCCCAAAGCUGUCAAAAACACAGCCGGAAAUCAAGAUCUUGAUAAGCUCAUCAAAGUGAAUCCUGAAACUCUCUCCAACAACCAAAGAAACCGGGAUCUCAAUAACCUCAUCAAAGUGAAUCCUGAAGUAAUCAGAAGCAAUCAAAGCCAAGCUUUGGACAAUCUUAUUGAAGUGAAACCUUCACCUCUCAGAAAUACUAAGCGAGACCAGGACCUAGAAAAUUUAAUUGAAGUAAAUUCCAAUAUGUCUAAGAGUAAAAAUGAAAGGCAAGAUGGCCAAGUUAGUGGGUCUACUGAGGCUUUAAUCAGCCCAUCUUCUAGAACCACUGCCUACUCUUAUGAAGCACAGAAGAUGCUCAGCUCCAAUGCUGAAACCAGGCAUGCAGGACCAAAGGAUACUGUUGUGUACACAAGGAUGUAUGCGGAGAAUAGUAAAUCACCAAAGGAUAGAUAUCAGGAGAGUAUCUCUGGAAAAUACAUACAAACCAUUUAUUCGACUUCAGAUAGGUCUGUCAUUGAAAUGGAUAUGUGCACUUACUGUCGAAAACCCUUGGGCACAGAAGCUAAGAUGAUUUUAAAUGAAUUACAAAUUUGCUGCCAUUCCACUUGCUUCAAGUGUGAAAUAUGCAAACAACCUUUGGAAAACCUACAAGCUGGUGACAAUGUUUGGAUUUAUAAACAGAAAAUACAUUGUGAAUCUUGCUACUCUCAAGUUGUAGCAAAGUGGAUUCAGUAAUUCUGGCACAUGAAAAUCAAGAUGAAAGCAUUCACUAAGGAGUUAAAAUUUUUAUUGUAAGAACAUAUAAUCUAGAAAAGCUUUUACACCAAAGAUUGACUCUGGUAUAGAAUUAACAACUCUGCUAUUGCAUAAAUAACCUAAUUGCCUCCACUAAGGUCACAUACAUAAAGGGAACCAUCUGGUAUCUGGUUAGAUUUAGAGAUCAAAAAUUCAAGUGGUUCUAGCACCCAGUGUCAAAGGAAGCAUGCUUCUGAUGGCAGUGAGCAUUGCCAGCCUUCACCAGGUCCAUCUCUGCUCAGUAUUAGGCUGUGUGUCACGGUUUCCAUUAUAGACAAAUUUACCAUCUUCUCACCUUUGUUUCCCUAAGAAUUUGGAUUUACAGAUGUUAUUGAAGUCUUGAUAAAACUGUCAUGGGAGCAAGAUAUGUUUCACUUAUGUACAAAAGUAAUGUUGAUAGAAAUUUUGGCAGAAAGAUAAAGUUUGGCAGAAAGAUGUUAACGUAUAAAGUUGUAUGGACCUCAGAAAAUCACUUAAACCUUUCAGAUUUCUGUGCUAUUAUCUGUAACAUGAGGGCCAAUGGACAAAAUGAUUUCUAAGGUCGCUUUCUGCUCCAAAAUUAUCAGAUUCUAAAGCAAGUUUUUGUUUGCUCUUUAGAAACAUACCUGAAUCUGUGUUUGUUAGGCCUAUUGAACUAGAUAGGAUAUCUGAACAAUUUAACCUUGGUAUCAUCCUUCAGUUUAUCACUGAUACAAGUUUUAUAGAAUGUGUUUUAAAAACAGAAAGACCUGCAUUUAUGGGUAAUGGGUAAAAUCAUAUGACAUGGUGUUUACGUAAUUUGUCAGGUUUUCUUUGCAUGCAUUUCAAAAUCUGGAUUCAUAAAUGAUCUAUGAGAAAUAAUGAAGGUUAUGGACUACAAAGACAUGUUCUUUCGCAUGCUAUAUCUAUUCCUAUUACAUAGCACUUUAUAUUUACAGAUGGCUUAUAAAAAUAAAUGAACUGUCAGUUAUACAGAAUCUUCUUGUACAGUGUCUAUAAAUAUUACUCACUGACAUUGAUAUGUCAGUUAUAUGAUCAUAAUUUAUUAUAUUCUGUGCCAUGCUGCUUAAAGUAAUUUUUUAACUGCUCAAUCUAUAACUUUGAUUUUUAAAGAGCUUUUUCUUAAGGAAUUGAAAAUUCAGUAAUCUUGUGAGGAACUAUUAUUAUUAUUAAAAUUGAGACAUUGCACUUAUAAACUACUUUAUAUGCACAUAGCAAUUGCUUCUCAAAGGAAAGCAUAUGGAACAUUGAGAGAGGGUGGAAUUCUAAGGGAGUUUAAGGCAGUUGUAAAAAACUGACAAACUAGGGAGAUUAAAAGAUUAUCAUGUAUUUUCUAAAUGUUGAUAAAUGUAGAGUUAUUCUUCUGUAUAAUGAUUUCAAGCAUCUGUUCCUCUUAGACACUGGUCCACAAAGUGUUAAACACUAAUGCUUAUUAAAAUACAGAAAUGUGUAAUCAUUGUCUUAUGGAGAGGGAGCCAGAAAAAACAAUUAAUAAUAAUUUGAUAUUCAUUAAUUCAUGCUUGAUGAGAAGCGGUGGUAAUUGAGCCAUAUGUUUUAUUGUUCUCUUAUUACAUGCUAUCAGACUGGAUCAAAAGAAAUAAUUUUCUUAGAGUUGGAAUUUGUGGCAGGAAAAGACGAAUGAAAUAGUAUCCCUCCCUUUCAUAUAAAGUGUAUUAACAUCUCAAUGCCUUUGUAGUAAUUAAAAAUCAUUUGAAUAUCAUUUUUAAAGGAUUCUACUGUUGAAUGCUUAAUUUAAAAAAAAAACCUAAAAGGAACGUAAUUCUCACUUUUCUGUAGUUGUUUAAUGGACCCUUUCUUCUACAAUAAUGUAUUAAAUUAAACCAAAAGCUGUUGUAAAAAUGGAAUAAAUACAGAGUGGAGAGAGAAGGGCUUCUGAUUUACCAAGUCUGCCUCAUCAUGUCUGGGAUUACUUGCACCAUAGGAAUGACAGAUUCCUAAAACAGUUCGUAAGAUCUCAUUUUUUUUUUUUUU